AUGUUUCAACAUCCUUUGGAUGUCGCUCCCAAUGAUGAGCUUGCCGAAGAACCAAACCAUUCGCUACUUACUGAAGAAGACAACCUAAUGCCCCAAUGGCAUCAUUCAAUACCUGACCUACACAGUCAUGACUAUGUAGUACGGUCAUCGAGUCCAUUCGGAAGAAGAUACUUGAAACCUGUGCAUGGUAUUCAAACCAAAGGUUUCGCACGAUCAGCCCAGAGAAGAUCGUCAGUACUGACACUUGGCUCGAUUGAACGUCUCCAACAUUUUUAUGCCAAAAGAGAACUCCAAGUCAACAAACUUGGAACACUUGGUUUCAAAGUUGUCGAAGAACCAGACGAGUUUGACGAUCUACCCACACCAAAGGCACCUCCGCCAAGUUGGAUCGACUUGGACGUAGAAACCGAUCUUGACGUGCUGUUAGAGGUCUGCUUUAACGAUAUCCAGAGCACAUUAACAACAUGGUCCAUGGUAACCGGCCCUCAUCUGGUACACGAAACUGCGUCUGAUUCGGACUCGGAUGGAUCUUUCCAGAUCCUGCCUUUACUGAGUUCGGUCACAAAGAUGAUCAAUGCUGUCAAGAACUACACCCUCAACCGCCACGACCUUUCUGACAGUGCCAUGAGCAAGCUGCGCCACGCGUCAUUGAACUUACUUGAGUCUAUGCGCGAACUAGAGAACCAGCACCGAAUGGAGGUUGAUGAAGAAGAGGACAACCGCAGCGAGGAUGGUUACAUCUACCGUACAUCUGACUUUAAUAUGCUAGAAAAAGAACGACUGGCGAUUGAUGCCUAUCUCGAGACUGUCGAAAAGUAUGGAUUUAACCCGCCGCACCACAUCGGUAGUCCCCCAGCCAUGUUCACACCCGAAAUCAAGGCACUCAUGAAUAGAUCUUCUUUCUUGGGCGGCUCUUCUACGUCGACUGCCGGAUCUACAGACACCCAAACAGCUGCGGAACUAGAUUUGGUCCAAAAGCGCGCCCAGAAUGGUAGAUCUCUUGGUAUUCCAUCAUGGCUGGAACGGGGGUCAUUUGCCGGUGAUGAUAUGGGUCGAUAUUAUGCACUCUUGAAAGACAAUCGACAGAGUGCAUUUGAAGCGGAUGCUGGUACAGAGGUUCUGAUUCCUGACCCACAUGAAGAUGAAGACGCGUUUCUGCAGAGUCUUGUAGAUGGCAUCACUCUGUGUAAUACGUACAACAACAUUGUCAAGCGAUCCCGACGCCCAUUUGGCUUUAUCAACAAAGUUCACCAAGAUACUCGGCGCACCUAUAGAGCUAUUGAGAACUUGCGAUUCUUUUCUGCUGCCUGUAAAUUCCGAUUUGAUCUUCAGUUUGAUGCAUUUGAUCCUUCCGAGAUUGCACGCAAAACAGACCGUGGCCUUAGUAUGAUCAAAACCACACUCAAAGCCUUUUGUGAUUGUGUCAUUCGUGAAAUGCGUGAAAAUGCUGACAUGGCCAGUAAACGAUCUCUCCCAUCCCGUCCACCUCUUGAGGAUACUAUUUCCGAGUACAUGGAAAAGCAGCUGUUUAUCAGCCAAGACGAAGCUUAA